AUGGCAAAGUCAUUUCCACUUGUAGCAAUUUUUGUUUUUGCAAUGGCUGUGAAUGUUUGCUAUGCAGUUGAUUACAUAGUUGGCGAUUCAGCUGGAUGGAACCCUGGUGUUGAUUACAAUGCUUGGGCCGCAAGCAAGACUUUCACAGUUCGCGACUCGCUCGUGUUCAGGUACACAAAGGGAGCUCAUAAUGUGGUUCAAGUGAAUCAAAUAAGUGACUAUGCAAAUUGCUAUUCAGGACAGAGUGUUCCAUUGACAAGUGGAAAUGAUGUAAUCCCACUAAGAAGUUCUGGAGCCAAAUACUUUAUUAGCAGUGUAAAGGAUGAUUGUGCCAAGGGUCAAAAACUCACUAUUAAUGUUAAAUGAGUAAUUUAAUUACAUUAUAACAAUCAAUGUAAUUUCUAUUAUCACAUUUAUGAGCUUAUUAAUAAAUUUUUCAAAAUUUUUGGUUGGGUAUAUAAAUUAAAAUUUUUACUCUUGAAUUUUAAUAUAUGCUAAAUUAUAUUUUUUAAAUUAUUUUAGUUAAAUUUUUUCUAUGAAUUAUUAAAAUUAAUAUUAUUUAAUUUAAAAAAUUUUGUCAGAAAAACCUAAAUUCAACAAUUUCAACCAAACAUAAUUUCUUAUAUAUAUACAUUCCUAAUUUGUUAUUAUCAUAAAAUUCGCAUUUAAUACUAUUAAUACAAUAUUAAAAUGUUCAUAUAUAAUAACCGAUAUUGUAUUAAUUGUCUUUUACGUGUACAUCUAUCGUUGAUUAUCAUGCCAGUCUAAAUCCAGUGAACUGACAAAUCAGGGAAUAAACUUUCGAACAUAUAAUUAAGAUUAUAUUCUACU